AUGAUGAGCGUUGCUUAUAACGAAGAAACAGCUAAGCAAGCUGAACAAUUGUCAUAUUCGAUGCAAGCAGAUUUUGGUGGAACAGAACUAUUGGAUCCUCUUCGAUAUUUGAAAGAUAAUCCACCAGCAAAUGAUCGAUCGAGACAAAUCUUUAUUUUGACUGAUGGUGAAGUUUCAAAUACAAAUGAAGUCAUUGAACUAUGUCAUUUGAUGUCAUCGACUACACGAAUUUUCACAUUUGGCCUUGGUCAUUCUCCAUCUCGUUCUUUAGUCAAAGGUCUUGCACGUGUUACGAAUGGUUAUUUUGUUUUUAUUCCUCCAGGAGAAAAAGUAGACACAUACGUUGGUAGUCAACUUCGUCGAGCACUUAAACCAUCUAUUGUCAAUACUCAUCUCGAAUGGCAUGGUUUAUCAUCGCGUGUUGUUCAAUCGCCAAACGUAAUUCCACCAUUGUAUGCUGAUGAUCGUGUUCUCAUCUAUACUAUGUUCGAGAAUGAUGAAUUCGAUCAACAAACUGUUCAAGUCAAUUUUCGUGUACGAUGCAAAACAAUCGAUUCGACAAAAUUUGCUCUUGAUGAUAUCCACCGCAAAGGUGAUACAAUACGUCGAUUAGCAGCUAAAGCUAUGAUUCAACAAUUACAACACAUGAAACAAAACGAUGCAACUGUGUGA